AGAAAAUUCUCAAUUUACUUCUCCCUAAAAAGAACCCAAAAAGAAAAGAAAGAAGAAGAAGAAGGCCAUCAACAUCAAUAAUCUAUGUAUAUAAUAGCUCUAAAUCUUGCUUUGCCUUAAAGAAUUUUAACAAAACACUCUCUCUGUUUCAUUUCUUUUACUCUCUCUCUCUCUCUCUCUCUCUCUCCCACCAUGAAAAUCUCAAUCAUUUCCUUCUCCUUCUUCUUCUUCUUCCUCAUCUCUCCCAUUUCCACUAAUUCCCAAUUCCCUUCUUCAUCAACAACUCAUUGCAACCAUGGUUGCCCCAAAAUCCAAUUCCCUUUUGAUUUCAACCUUUCUUGUUCAUCAAACACCACAAGAAUCCACUUCAAAGCCUAUGAUUCUCUUUCAAUCAAAUCCAUUUCCUAUGAUCAAAAAAGACUUGAUCUUCUUGACCUAAACCGUUGCGUCCACGCUGCCUUUCUCAACCUAGACCUCUCCCUCACUCCGUUUCGUUACUACUACAUUGUCAAAGAUUACUGGUAUCUUAACUGCACGACGAGAUUGGUAUCGUCGUCUUCGACGUCGAUACCAUGCCUGAGUCGAGACGGAGAGUAUUAUGUGUAUGUUGUGAGGCCACCAUUGAUGGGAAGUAGUAUACCAAGAUUUUGCAAGGAAGUUAAGAGAGUGAAGAUCCCAUUUGAGUAUAGUCCUUACCUUGAUGAUGGUUCUUUUGGACUCGCCUUAACUUGGGGUUUUGAUGAUCAAACUAAAACAAAGUCCCAAAUCGAGUGUUUCUUUAAAGCAACAAAUUUUCAAGUGGUUGGCAUUAGGUUGCUUGUGGGAAUGGUGGCAAUGGUGGCAAUAUUAACAAUGGUGAUGAUGAUGAAGAAAUAUUAUGAGUCAAAAAAUAAAAAUUGUUCAAAGGAAGAAGGUGAGAAAAAGAUUUUUGAACAUCACUCAUAUGAACCACUAAAAACUGCUUCAAAUGACCCAUUAGUUUGAGCCAAUUUUGGUGUUUUUUUUCCUUUUAAUUAUUAAUAUACACUUUUGAUUUCUAUACUUACGUCCAACUUUAAGAUUUGUACUUUUAAUAAAUCUUAAGAUAGUUCAUACUUUAGUAUAUUGUAUUAGUUUUAUUAAUGAUGUUAUAUAAAAAGAGUGUUAGUUUUGUGGAUCGAAAA